UACCGAAGUAUUACUGGGCCGGGCGUCCCACCAAGGCAGUCUGCGCGACGCACUCGCUCAUGAAGGGCGUGAUUGUGCAUUAUCUUAGUUUAUUUUGUGUUUAUAUUACGCAUCACACGAAAACAUGACCAUAAAAUCAGAGGACCUGUCAUCGGGGCGGGGCAUCCAAGUGGUGGUCCCUGGCCCGGAGCACACCUUCAUCCUGGACGAGGAAGCCCUCAGCAAGUUGCUGCUUCGAGAAGACAUCAAGGACAGGGCGGUGGUGGUGCUGUCCGUGGCGGGCGCCUUCCGGAAGGGCAAGUCCUUCCUGCUCGACUUCUUCCUCAGAUACAUGCAUCACAAGUACAACCUAGGGGAGACCGGCGACGGUUGGCUGGGCGCUGUCGACGAGCCGCUCAAGGGGUUCCCGUGGCGCGGGGGCUCCGAGCGGGACACCACCGGCCUGCAUCUCUGGUCGCAACCUUUCAAAGCCACCCUCGACAAUGGAGAGAAGGUAGUGGUUCUGCUGAUGGACACACAAGGCACCUUCGACAGUCAGUCCACGGUCAAAGACAACGCGACAGUGUUCGCGCUAUCCACGAUGCUGUCUUCGGUGCAGAUCUACAAUCUCUCGCUCAAUAUCGACGAAGACGACUUACAGCAUCUACAGCUGUUCACCGACUACGGCAGCCUGGCGCAGCAGAAGAGCAGCGGGAAGCCGUUUCAGAAGCUUCAGUUCCUCGUGCGCGAUUGGAGCUAUGAUUACGAGUACCCAUACGGCGCCGAGGGCGGUCAACAGUUGCUCAGCAAGAGAUUGGAGGUGCACGACGGCCAGCACCACGAGCUGCAGACGCUGCGGCGCCACAUCGCGGCGUGCUUCGAGGAGUUGGCCUGCUUCCUCAUGCCGCACCCGGGCCUCAGGGUCGCCACCAACCCGGAGUUCAGCGGGAGACUCAGUGACAUAAGCGAGGAAUUCAAGACGUACCUGAAGCAGCUGGUGCCGAUGCUGCUGGCCCCGCACACCCUGGUGCCGAAGCGCAUCGGCGGGCAGCGGGUGAAGGCGAGGGAGCUGCUGCAGUACUUCCGCUCCUACAUGAACAUCUUCAAUGGCAGUGAGCUGCCGCAGCCGAAGACUAUACUGGAGGCAACAGCCGAAGCGAACAACCUGUCAGCCGUGGCGGAAGCGAAGGAGGUGUACGACUCUUUGAUGGAGGAGGUGUGCGGCGGGGCGAAGCCCUACCUGGAGGCGGCGCGGCUGCGCGCCGAGCACGCGCGCGCGCGCAACAAGGCGCUGCACGCGUUCGCCAGCAGGAAGAAGAUGGGGGGCGGGGAGCUGGCCAAGGAGUAUAGCGAUAAGCUUGAGAAGGAACUGGAAGAAACAUUUGAGCAACUUCUAGCACAUAACGAAGGCAAGAACAUCUUCCGGCUGGCCGGCACGCCGAUCGUGCUCGUCGCGCUCGCUCUGCUCGGCUACAUGCUCAGUCUGCUCGGCUCCGGGCUCGGCGUCCAAACGCUUGUAGCUAUCGGACAAACUAUCUCCAUUUUGAGUUUGGUCACACUUGGACUGUGGGGGUACAGCAGAGUAAGCGGCAACAUGCGCGACACGGGACUGAGAAUAGACGAAGUGGCGAACACCAUGAAGAAUUAUGCAAUGAGCCAGGCUGUGGGCCCGGCGAGUCGGAUAGCCGCCGAGACAGCGGCGGGUUACACUCGCAAGGACUCAUAACUGCCUCUACACUGUAAUGACCAUCGCUACAUCUCUGCAGAUGAACAGAAAAGUGCAUCGAGAGGCGCGCUAAGCCGUUAGUUCCGGCUGUCAUCACUAGAUGGCAGUCGUGAAGCCAUGACAAUUACGUUUAGGCGGCGUUAAAAAUCUGACACUAAAAAACAACGAUAGAAACAAACAUUAUAGGCUUAUAAACUUGGGAUUCUUCUUUUAGGCGAUGGGCUAGCCGCCUGUCACUUGAAUCUCAAUUCUAUCAUUAAGCCAAAAAGCUGAAAGUGGCUUAUCAGUUUUUUAACUGACUAACAAGUCUGUGAGCUGUCAAGACCGUUGGCUCUAUCUACCACGCAAGGGAUAAAGACGUAACCAUAUGUAUGUAUAUACGUUGCGGUGUAGACAAAGCCAACACAGUAUUACUGAAAGGCCACGUUCAGUCCGCUGCAUUAUUCCUGUACGUAGGAACAAAAACGCGGCAGGCUGUGUUUUGUGUUCCAUGGCCGGAUCGACUACAAACACCCGGAAUAUAAGUUGAACCAAAAUGGCGUUGCAUGGUAUGCCCAAUCGGAAUGGCACUUGUAAACAUGCAGUGUACGUAGGUCAUCUUAAAUUCCGGCUUGUAGUUAUUUAACUGGCAAAAUGCCACGAAAAAAUCGGUUGUCUGUAAAGUCGGUUUACUGGCGAUAGUUGAACCGUUCAACUUGAACGUGACAACGUCUUAAGAAAAUACUGAUGGAAUGGUAGCAUGUCCACGCAGAUGCACGCAGAUGCAUCGUUACUCGAGUAGAAGAGAGACGGAUGUCGAACGCUCCCGAACGCGAAGGCCGAUCGUGCCUCUUUGUCGCUCGUUCCGCGCUCUCGCUAGCACUUCAAGCCUUACAUGGAACGCCUCAGAGCGAGGUAACGCCGCAUGAGUCAGGUUUUUUCAAGCGUGCAACAGGCUCAAUCGAAAUAUAAGACGUUGUAACGUCAAAAAUAAAACUAUGCCCCUCGUGAUUGAACUUAGGUGUGGUAACCGCUUACCAUAACAAGAUGAAUCAUCUUUACAUACAUACAUACAAUCACGUCUAUAUCCCUUGCGGGGUAGACAGAGCCUACAGUCUUGUAAAGACUGAUAGGCCACGUUCAGCCAUUUGGCUUUAAGAUAGGAUUGAGAUUCAAAUAGUGACAGGUUGCUAGCCCAUCGCCUAAAAGAAGAAUCCCAAGUUUAUAAGCCUACCCCUUAGUCGGCUUUUACGACAUCCAUGGGAAAGAGAUGGAGUGGUCUUAUUCUUUUUUGUAUUGGUGCCGGGAACCACACGGCAAAUCAUCUUUACAGUGAAUGGUAAAAGUGCAGUUAUAGCUAUAUAAAACCAUACACAUAUGAGAUGUAGUGUCGUCACAAAGUGAAACUUUGCUAGUCAAGUGAAACGGAUAAUGUGGACUAAUCAAAAAAGUUAUAUUGUGACUUAUAUACCUACUUGUAAUAAAUAUGCCAAAUUGGUGCCUUUAAUAAUCUUACAUGUUACUUUUUUAAUAAUAUUUGUAACGGAUUUUAUUGAAAUCUCUUAACAUUAAUUGAAGCAAUUUUAAGCAUUUAAAAAAAAAAUUUGACUUUGUAAAAAUUUAUGGACUGUCUUAUACGUUUUUAAACUCAACUGUCGUAAAAUAUUAUUUGCAAAAUGUAAAUGUAUCAUAGUGAAACUAGGUUAUAUGACAUCUUUGCCUUGUAGGCGAUUCUUAAGCAUGAUCAAGGUACAUGUAUUUAUAGGGAGUUAUAUAUACUUAAAUAUUAUGACUUUACGACUUUAUAAUAACGCAUUAAACGUCAAUACUUAAAUUUAAGCUAAAUAUAACAUCAGAAAGUCUACUUCAUCUUUUUUGAUUGAUUUUAAAGUUAUAGCUAGAUUAUAAUUUUUUUAGAUUUCUAUUAUAAAUAACAACUUGAAAUACAAAAUGUGGGAAAUUGAAUAAUUUUCUAAUUAAAUGCAAUAAAAUGGUAUGUAAAUAAUAAGGACCCAGCCACUGUGAUAAAUUCACAAUAAAAUUAUUAAUUAUUUUCUUAUUAUUGUAACAUUCUUAUUGUAAGACUAAUUACACAAGAAAUUUAUAAGUUUCAAUAAAUACAUUUAUUUUUA